GUUCAGUAUGCGCACCACAACCAAGCUUCCGUGGAAACGGAUGACAGGUGACUCGAUUAUGAGCUCGAAAGCCGAACGACAAUCGAUACGCUCGAUCCAUGAGCUAUGCUUGCGAGAAUUCCAAUAUACUUAAGAGUACUCGGGAGUCGGCGUUGCACGUCGAGUCUUGCUAAUUAACGAGACAUGGUCUGCCAGAGAACACUCCUACAGAGUAGCAUAUAACAUUUAGUGGGUUACAAAGGUCGCAUGCAUUAUUGAGUUCAUCGCAUAAGCCGUGAGUGUAGGCUGAUCUAAUCUGGUAUGUGAUCCGAGACAUGAGCUCCGGUGCCAUGGAAGUCAGUCAAACGUCACAGACCGCAGAUUCGAGCGGGACUCGACUCGACAGCCGAUGACGAGUCUAGCUGUUGUUCGUCGUCAGUUGGGAAGGUGCUGUACCCCGCGCUUCCUUCCUCCCACCGGCAAGACCAUCACCCUAGAGGUCGAGUCAUCCGACACCAUUGACAACGUCAAGAGCAAGAUCCAUGGCCCCCACACCUCAACAGGCCGCUCUGUUCGGCACGGCGUUCGCGUCGUUUUUGAACUCUGCCGAAGCUGUCGACCAGACCCUUGCCCAAGCCGCUCCUACCGCCGCCGUCUCAGCAGCCCGGCCCCGUGCCGCCACGUCCGGCGUCGCCGGAUCGCGCCCGCCCCCAGCCCAUGGCAAGGGCUUGAGCCGUGGCGCCCGGUCCCGCCGCGCCGCCGCCCUGCGCAAGGCUGCCGCCGCAGCAGCAACACCAGCAGCAGCAGCAACACCAACAGCAGCAGCAGCACAGCAACAACAACAACAACAGCAGCAGCAGCAACAGGCGCAACAACAGCAAGCACAGCAGGCGCAACAAGCUCAGCAACAGCAGCAACAACAAUUGCAAAUGCAACAGCAACAAAUACAGGCCCAGCAGCAGCAGCAGUUGCAACAACAACAAGCUCAGCAGCAACAGCAACAACAACAGCAGCAACAGCAGCAGCAGCAGCAGCAGCAGCCACAACAGCAGCAGCAACAGCAGCAACAGCAGCAACAGCAGCAGCAACAGCAACAGCAGCAGCAACAGCAGCAGCAGCAACAGCAGCAACAGCAGCAGCAGCAACAGCAGCAACAGCAGCAGCAGCAACAGCAGCAACAGCAACAGCAUCCGCCGCCCGCGCCGCUGCCACCAAAGUGGCUCGACAAGGACUACGCCGACGUCGAGAUGCCCGAGGUCCCACUGCCAGAUGACGAGGACGAGUUUUGAGAGCGUGGCGGUUUUUUUUUUAGUAUAAUUAUUUCGGUUUUUUUUUUGUCGUGGUGGCCUUUUCCCUUUUUUUCUUUUGUCUUUUCUAUUCUUUGUAUUCUUAUUUUGCUUUUUUUCUUCUCUUUGUUCUUUUUGGUUGGGCCAAAGGCCAGUAUUUUUUAUCUGUUUGUAGUUUAAUGGAAAGCAUCCCAAAAAUUAUAUGUGCCACAUGUGAACUUGCUCUUCUUCUCUGGCCUUACUCAAG